CACACCGGACUUAUUGGUGAGACAUUUGCCUGCCAGGGGAUGAGCAAUAAAUCCUACUAAAAAUUCAGGGAACUUCUACCUCAGUAAAAUUUUUAGUGGUCCAGUGGUGUGGGGCCUUUCGAGAUAUUCCUUCUAAGGUGAAGGAUAAAUUGCUGCAUUUGUCCCUUCCUACAACCAAGAAAGAGGCACAAUGCCUAGUGGGUCUAUUUGGAUUUUGGAGGCAACACUUCCCUCAUUUUGGUGUGUUACUCCAGCCCAUUUAUUGAAUGACUCGAAAGGCUGCCAGUUUUGAGUAGAGAAAGCUCUACAACAGGACACUUUCGGCUCUUCCUGCCUUUAAGUCAACAGGCUAAGAAGGGAAUUACAAUGUUGGCUGGGUGAUUGACCCAGUUAUCAAGAUGAAAUCAGUCUACUACUCCACAGACUGAUUUCAAGAUGAAAUCAGUCCACUCUUUUUUACCUAAUGGAGAUAAGGAAGAGUAUGCAUAGAAUACAGGAGAUUCCUUAGGACCUCUUUUAGUAUUACCAUGUCGUAUGAUUAAGGUCAAUGGAAAACUAUAACAACUCAAUCAAAGCAGGACUAAAAAUGGCCCAGACCCUUCCAGAAUGAAGGUUUGGGUCAGUCUACCAGAUACAAAGUGAUGACCUGCUGAGGUGCUUUAUGAAGGUACAGGGUAUACAGAAUGGGUAGUAGAAGAAGGUUGUCAUCAUACUGAUACUGCAUGAUCGGUUGUGAAAUGAGGACUGUAAUUUUCAUGAGUUAUUUUGUUAAGAACAUGUUUAUAUGAAAAAAAAAAGUGUGAAAGAUGGCCGUUUAGAAGCAGCUCAGGAUUGCACCUCCCAGUGAAAGCGCAGAGGGUGAGUGGAUGCCGCAUUACCAGACGGAUCUUUAUUGCCCACAGACCAGGAGAUUCCCAGGCAGAGGAGCCCCAUGGGUUGCCAGCAUGGCUGUUUUGGCCUGCGUGACUGUUUUGCCAGUGCCCCGGCGUGGCGGUUCUCCGUACAAAAUACACUGAUCUGGUUGCCCUUUUAAGCUGGUGAUUGGAGCUCUGAGAAGGCAGAGUCGCCCGUUCAUCUGAUUAAACAGGGAACUGAAACAGGGAGCCAAGCCAGGAGAUUCCGGGGCAAAAAAGUACCACGAAUCUCAGCACUGUUGUUUCAGCUGGUGCAGUGGGUCACUGCAUGGGAAAUCACACAGAUCCCAGCACCUUUUCAGCAGGUGACUGGAACACCUGGGAGAGAGUCAACAAUUCAACUUAAAAAAAAAAAAGGCUCUGAGGCAGGGAGCCAAGUGAUCAGGCUCGGCGGGUCCCACCACCACAAAAAAAAAAAAAAAAACAGCAAUUUGAAACGCUCUGGGUUGAGAGUUCCAUGGCAAGCACAGCUGAACCCGGGACAAUCCAGCUCUGUGGGGGAGGGGCGUCCACCAUUACGGAGGCACUCCACCCCUACGGAGGUAGUCCGCCAUUGCUGAGGCAGCCCGCUGUUGCCGAGGCAACCCACCAUAACAGAGAGAGUCCGCCAUUAUAGAUGUGGGCGACCAUUGCUGAGGCAGUUCUAACCACACCCAUAUAAAUAGGACUGCAGAGACAUUCACACGGCAGCAGGGCAGAGCCCACAGCAGCUCAGCAGAGCCUCUGCAGGCAGGCAAUGACUAGGCUGCCCUCGUGCUGGGCAGGGCAGCCCUGAAAAAAAAGGCAGCAGCACAAUGGAAACUCAUAAAUAAAGCCCUAAUUCCCCGGGACAGAGCACCUGGGAAAAAAAAGGGGGUGUUAUGAGUUCUGCUGCAGCAGACUUAAACAUAUCUGCCCAGCAACUCUGAAUGAACAACGGAGCUCACAGCUCAGCACUUGAGCUCCUAUAAAAGACAGACUAUCUUCUCAAGCAGCUCCCUGACCCCCGUAUAUCCAAAGAGUCACCUCACAAGGGACUGAUCAGUCUGAUAUUUGGCAGGCAUCAUUCUGGGACAAAGAUAGCAGAAGAAACUGCUGCAGGUGAUCCCCAGGCAAGCAGGACCUGGAGUGGAUCUCAGCAGUCCUACAGCAGAGGGGCCAGAAUGUUAGAAGGAAAACUAAAAAACAGAAAUAACUUCAUCAUCAACAAACUGGACGUCUACUCGGAGACUCAAUCUGAUAAUCAGCAACUAUAAAGACAACAGGUGGAUAAAUCCACAAAGAUGGAAAGAAACCAGCACAAAAAGGAGGAAAACACCCAAAACCAGAACACCUCUCCUCCUACAGGGGAUCACAACUCCUCACCAGCAAGGUAACAAAGCUGGAUGGAGAAUGAGUGUGAUGAAAUUACAGAAUCAGACUUCAGAAGGUGGGUAAUGAGAAACUUCUGUGAGCUAAAAGAACAUGUUCUAACCCAAUGCAAAGAAACUCAGAACUUUGAAAAAAGAUUUAACGAAAUGCUAACGAGAAUGGACAACUUAGAGAGGAAUAUGAGUGAAUUGAUGGAACUGAAAGAACAUGUUUAUGCAUGUAUACACUUGUACUAAGAAAAUGUCUUCAUUUUCCUUUUUUCUUUAUCAUGUGACAUAAAAUUUAUUGAUUUCAUAUCAGCAUUUCAGUGUUGUUAACUUUAUGUAUUAGCAUUUAGUUUAAGGAUUAGUGCACUUCCGGUUUUACAACAGAUAGUGAUAGCCAUAUUAUGUUAGGCAUAAUUAUAACCUUAUUAUUGUCUUUAUUUGGAGAUUAUGUAUGAUUUCAGGAGAUGUAUAUGGAUUCCAGUUGACAAAGGGUAGAUUCGUAAUGGUUAAUAUUGAGUGUCAACUUGACUGGAUUGAAGGAUGCAAAGUAUUGUUACUGGGUGUGUCUGUGAGGGUGUUGCCAAGGGAGGUUAACAUUUGAGUCAGUUAACAUUUGAGUCUUUACAGCUAAAGAAGUGCAGCUCAUGGAAUUCACUGGUCUUCUCAUCGUUUUGAAGCAGCUGGGUUGAUAGAAUGGUGGAACUUGGAAAGGAGGACCAAUGCUCAAUCUGGGUGGGCAUCUUCUAAUCAGCUGCCAGCGAGGCUAGAAUAAAAGCAGGCAGAACAUGGAAGUACUAGACUGACCGAGUCUUCCAGCCUCAUCUUUCUCCCAUGUGGAUACUUCCUGCCCUCAGACAUCAGACUCCAAGUUCUUCAGGUUUUGGACUCUUGGUCCACCAAGUGGUUUGCCAGGGGCCCUUUGGCCAUAGACUGAAGGCUGCACUGUUGGUUUCUCUACUUUUGAGGUUUUGGGACAGACUGGCUUCCUUGCUUCUCAGCUUGCAGAUGGCCUAUUGCAGGACUUCACAUUUUGAUCAUGUUAAAAAAUGGCCAUACUUUAGUAACUAAUCAGCCUAAUGCUUUGCUUAUGAAAACUUUUACCAUCAUUAUUUUUUCAUUUUGGAUUGAGAAAAUGAAUCCAGAUAUAGAAGAAAGUGCAGGAUGUUGGAUAAAAGUGCCUCUUAAACAGUGGAACAUCUAAUAACUAAUUCGCAAGAAGUUUUAAAGAAAUAAAAUUGUUAUGCUUCGAUUUUGGUAUGGUAUUGACUCUUUAGCACAUAGGUAGCCCUCAAAAACAAUCAUCCAGUUUUCUAAAUUAUGGAAAUUUUGUGGAAGACGUUGACCUGGAUUUUGAGCCUCAUCAUGGCUUCGUCGGAAUUUCAUAGUGACCACAGGCUUUCAUACAGUUCUCAAGAGGAAUUCCUGACUUAUCUUGAACACUACCAGCUAACUAUUCCAAUAAGGGUUGAUCAAAAUGGAGCAUUUCUCAGCUUUACUGUGAAAAAUGAUAAACACUCAAGGAGAAGACGGAGUAUGGACCCUAUUGAUCCACAGCAGGCAGUAUCUAAGUUAUUUUUUAAACUUUCAGCCUAUGGCAAGCACUUUCAUCUAAACUUGACUCUCAAUACAGAUUUUGUGUCCAAACAUUUUACAGUAGAAUAUUGGGGGAAAGAUGGACCCCACUGGAAACAUGAUUUUUUAGACAACUGUCAUUACACAGGAUAUUUGCAAGAUCAACGUAGUACAACUAAAGUGGCUUUAAGCAACUGUGUUGGGUUGCAUGGUGUUAUUGCUACAGAAGAUGAAGAAUAUUUUAUUGAACCUUUAAAGAAUACCACAGAGGAUUCCAAGCAUUUUAGUUAUGAAAAUGGCCACCCUCAUGUUAUUUACAAAAAGUCUGCCCUUCAACAACGGCAUCUGUAUGAUCACUCUCAUUGUGGCGUUUCCGAUUUCACAAGAAGUGGCAAACCUUGGUGGCUGAAUGACACAUCCACUUUUCCUUUUUCACUACCAAUUAACAACACACAUAUCCAACACAGACAGAAGAGAUCAGUGAGCAUUGAACGGUUUGUGGAGACAUUGGUAGUGGCAGACAAAAUGAUGGUGGGCUACCAUGGCCGCAAAGACAUUGAACAUUACAUUUUGAGUGUAAUGAAUAUUGUUGCCAAACUUUAUCGUGAUUCCAGCCUAGGAAACGUUGUGAAUAUUAUAGUGGCCCGCUUAAUUGUUCUCACAGAAGAUCAGCCAAACUUGGAGAUAAACCACCACGCAGACAAGUCUCUCGAUAGCUUCUGUAAAUGGCAGAAAUCCAUUCUCUCCCACCAAAGUGAUGGAAACACCAUUCCAGAAAAUGGGAUUGCCCACCACGAUAAUGCAGUUCUUAUUACUAGAUACGAUAUCUGCACUUAUAAAAAUAAGCCCUGUGGAACACUGGGCUUGGCCUCUGUGGCUGGAAUGUGUGAGCCUGAAAGGAGCUGCAGCAUUAAUGAAGACAUUGGCCUGGGUUCAGCUUUUACCAUUGCACACGAGAUUGGUCACAAUUUUGGUAUGAACCAUGAUGGAAUUGGAAAUUCUUGUGGGACAAAAGGUCAUGAAGCAGCAAAACUUAUGGCAGCUCACAUUACUGCGAAUACCAAUCCUUUUUCCUGGUCUGCGUGCAGUCGAGACUACAUCACCAGCUUUCUAGAUUCAGGCCGUGGUACUUGCCUUGAUAAUGAGCCUCCCAAGCGUGACUUUCUUUAUCCAGCUGUGGCCCCAGGUCAGGUGUAUGAUGCUGAUGAGCAAUGUCGUUUCCAGUAUGGAGCAACCUCCCGCCAAUGUAAAUAUGGGGAAGUGUGUAGAGAGCUCUGGUGCCUCAGCAAAAGCAACCGCUGUGUCACCAACAGUAUUCCAGCAGCUGAGGGGACAUUGUGUCAAACUGGGAAUAUUGAAAAAGGGUGGUGUUAUCAGGGAGAUUGUGUUCCUUUUGGCACUUGGCCCCAGAGCAUAGAUGGGGGCUGGGGUCCCUGGUCACUAUGGGGAGAGUGCAGCAGGACCUGCGGGGGAGGCGUCUCCUCAUCCCUAAGACACUGUGACAGUCCAGCACCUUCUGGAGGUGGAAAAUACUGCCUUGGGGAAAGGAAACGGUAUCGCUCCUGCAACACAGAUCCAUGCCCUUUGGGUUCCCGAGAUUUUCGAGAGAAACAGUGUGCAGACUUUGACAAUAUGCCUUUCCGAGGAAAGUAUUAUAACUGGAAACCCUAUACUGGAGGUGGAGUAAAACCUUGUGCAUUAAACUGCUUGGCUGAAGGUUAUAAUUUCUACACUGAACGUGCUCCUGCGGUAAUCGAUGGGACCCAGUGCAAUGUGGAUUCACUGGAUAUCUGCAUCAAUGGAGAAUGCAAGCAUGUAGGUUGUGAUAAUAUUUUGGGAUCUGAUGCUAGGGAAGAUAGAUGUCGAGUCUGUGGAGGGGAUGGAAGCACAUGUGAUGCCAUUGAAGGGUUCUUCAAUGAUUCGCUACCCAGGGGAGGCUACAUGGAAGUGGUGCAGAUACCAAGAGGCUCUGUUCACAUUGAAGUCAGAGAAGUUGCCAUGUCAAAGAACUAUAUUGCUUUAAAAUCUGAAGGAGAUGAUUACUACAUUAAUGGUGCCUGGACUAUUGAUUGGCCUAGGAAAUUUGAUGUUGCUGGGACAGCAUUUCACUACAAGAGGCCAACUGAUGAACCAGAAUCCUUGGAAGCUCUAGGUCCUACCUCGGAAAAUCUCAUAAUCAUGGUUCUGCUUCAAGAACAGAAUUUGGGAAUUAGGUAUAAGUUCAACGUUCCCAUCACUCGGACUGGCAGUGGAGAUAAUGAAGUUGGCUUUACAUGGAAUCAUCAGCCUUGGUCAGAAUGCUCAGCUACUUGUGCUGGAGGUGUCCAAAGACAGGAGGUGGUCUGUAAAAGGUUGGAUGACAACUCCAUUGUCCAGAACAAUUACUGUGACCCUGACAGUAAGCCACCUGAAAAUCAAAGAACCUGCAACACUGAGCCCUGCCCACCUGAGUGGUUCAUUGGGGAUUGGUUGGAGUGCAGCAAGACUUGUGAUGGUGGGAUGCGCACAAGGGCAGUGCUCUGCAUCAGGAAGAUCGGGCCUUCUGAGGAGGAGACGCUGGACUACAAUGGUUGUUUAACACACCGGCCAGUCGAAAAAGAGUCCUGCAACAACCAGUCAUGUCCACCACAGUGGGUGGCUUUGGACUGGUCUGAGUGCACUCCAAAAUGUGGCCCAGGAUUCAAGCAUCGGAUUGUUCUCUGCAAGAGCAGUGACCUUUCUAAGACAUUCUCAGCUGCACAAUGUCCAGAGGAAGGCAAACCUCCUGUCCGCAUCCGCUGCAGUUUGGGCCGCUGCCCUCCUCCUCGCUGGGUCACUGGAGACUGGGGUCAGUGUUCUGCUCAGUGUGGCCUUGGACAGCAGAUGAGAACUGUGCAGUGUCUCACCUACACCGGACAGGCAUCUAGUGACUGUCCAGAAACUAUUCGGCCUCCAGCAAUGCAGCAGUGUGAAAGCAAAUGUGACAGUAACCCCAUUUCUAAUACUGAAGAGUGCAAAGAUGUGAAUAAAGUGGCUUAUUGCCCACUGGUGCUGAAGUUCAAGUUCUGCAGUCGAGCAUACUUCAGACAGAUGUGUUGUAAGACCUGCCAAGGACACUGACCCACAGAAAGUCAGAAAGAGCACCUUGUCGUUUCAUCACGGAAAUGUGUCCAUCAAAGAGAGCCACCCAGAGGAAGAGGAUUGAUGUCCUUGCAAAUGCAUUACCCUGUGGAAAAUGUAACCACUGGUCAGCCCUAGCUGACAAGAUUUCAAUAUUAUUUUAACUUCUGUGAAGUGGGAUUUAUUGAUCCGAAGUGCUGGACACGGUAUUAGGAGGGAAUGCCAGAUUGGAGAGAUCCAAACAACACAGGGAGACUUGCUUACUGUGGAGCGUUUGUGUUCUUUCGAGUAAAUCCAAUAGCCUGUUUACCUCCUUGGACCAUUAAGAUAAUUUUUAUUAUGGACUUAGCAAUGACACUGAAUCAUUUGUAUUUGAAACUGUUUAAAAUGUAGCUGUUAUAACUUGGUCAACUAUGGAAAUGAAGAAGGUUCAGAAUUCUUAAGUCAUAGCUUAAAAUAUUAUCUCACUACAACAGCACCACAAUUUAAAUUAUAAAACGGGCUUUGAACUAUAAUUUAAGGAGCAAUUAUAAAUCAAAAGUAAUGAAAGUUUGUAUUAUUUUUCUUCAUUCCACUUAAUUUCCUUAGGAAUAAUCCCCCAGUUCUGAACACUGCUGUGAGCCAUAUAUAUAAAACUAUAUUAAACUGAACAAUAAUGAAGGACAUAGUUUAAAGCAGUGCAUCAGUUACUGCAGCUGUGCAAGUCUAUAAACUCAGUGCUGAAAGACUGUGGCCAACUUGCCAUUGUGCAAGUAAAGCUGAGAUUUCCAUUAAAACUUUAAGAGAAAAACAUUUCAAUUUCAUGCAGAAACCAGACCUGGGGUAUGGUAGAGACUUAAGGACUGGGCCCUUUGCUGCCACCACACAGGAUGCCUUAGUUCUUGAGUCCCCCCAACUCACUUGUGUUUACAUCCUCUUCAGCCACAGCACGGCUUCUGCCCUUUGGAUUGCUGCACACGUGUUGAGCUUACUGAGAUGAUACCAUGCAAAAGAUAGACUGGCUCGGUAACAACCAGGCAGACCCUUUUGCAAUUUGCUGACAAUUACGAUGGGUUCCAGAUGUCCCUUCUUUGAUAUGGUAGAAGGGCAUUUAUUUAUGAGAGCAAAUGUGUGUGUGUGUGUGUGUGUGUGUGUGCGCGUGCACGCACUUUUAAGUGUGUGGAUAGAUGAGUGUGCUAGCACAUAAUGUGCUAUUUCUGUGAGUUUUAAAGUAGGCAAGGGAUAAUAACCAAAGAAGAAAAUUUCAUGGAGACUAGACAUCAUUAAGCAUAAUUUUAAUAGUCACUCAAUCAAGUAUUUUGUAUUUUUUAUGGAUACUCUGAAUGGCAAUUAAAUGUGAAACCCAGUUUCUUGGGAAACUCAAAUUCUAGAAUCACAACCACCUAAAUUAAAAUGACUAGCUAAUAUUUUCCCUGUCUUCAAGUUUCACAUCCUACUCAUCAAGACUCGACAGCAAGACUCAGAAUAAAAAAGGGUACUUGUUUAUAUUAAUAUUUUGUACUUGAACACGUGUAGCUUGCAGCAGGUUCUUGAUGAAUGUGCUUUGUGUCCAACACGCCUCCCCAUGGUACACAGGUGUACACCAUGCAUGCACCAACACCUAAAACUCAAGACUAAAUGGCUAUUUUGUAAGGUUAAUACUUUGAGUCAAAGAGCAUGUUCGACUCAGUUCCAUCACAGUGCUCUGAAAUUACACGUCAGUGUAUCACAUAUACCAUGAUCUAAUGCGGAUUAAUAGGUUUUUCCCAAAAGGAAUAUAGAACCUCAGAUACCAAAAGCCAAUCUAAACUCCCAGGUUUGCUGUGGACAAUCGGCACAGAAUGUUCUCUACACUCUCAGUCAUGACCAUCUGUAUCUUGUUACCUGCUUUCUCUCUCAAAACCACAGUUCUUAACCCUGAGCCCUUCAGAGAGAGCUACCGAUGAUACACCAGGAAUAAGAGGAAUCACCAGGGCCCAGCUCUAUGAUGCCCUUAGAAGACCAGCCCAAGUGCCAUCUUAGCCAUUCAGUGAAGAGCAAGCAGCCCACAGGCAGCAUGGCCUGAGCACCGAAUUCCCUUGAGCCUUUUCAAAGAACAGUUAACUUUGUGCUAAUGUGCCCUGGUGAAAUAAAACAAACAAAUAAAAGGUGGGUGGUUUCUGUGACAUUUUAGGCAUGGGUUUGCAAUCCAGAUCUGAUUUUCUCCAACAUAAAUAUCAGCUCAUGUUUUUAUUGCAAAAAGAUUUCCUAAUACCAACUAAAAGCUGUUUUUUACCUCACCUGGAAACAACUACUGUGAGGGCCGUCCCCCAGGCACUGCACAGCACCGUGACUGAUACUGGAAGAGGAGGGCAGCCAGUGUCACCUCCAGGAUGUGCCCCAGCUCUGAGGGCAGGAUGUAGGCACACCCAGGAGCAGCAUCAGUGUGCCUUUCUGGAGGGAGCCAAACACAGAAUGUAACAGAAUAAAACAGUUUCAGGUAGGCCUUGAAUUUAAACAUGAGUAGGUUUAAAAAAAUUAUAAUUCAUAGCACAUCACAAUACUGCUGCUACUCUGUAGUCACCCCUAUGGCUACAUGAUGCCCUAUUCCUAAAUAAUAACAAUAGGAUUGUCAGUGGCGGCUGGGCCACCAUGGCAGACUUUCCAAAAGUAGUGAGCUAUGUAGACUACUUACGGAACCCCAGGGAAACUGGUACCCUGCACCUGGGAGCAGUAUCUGCCAAUGGGAUAAAGGCCUACUAAAAAAGGAAAGGUAAAUGUACCCUAAUGCUUAAACCCUGUGAGAUACAUAUGAUUUCCAAACAGUCCAUUUUAUUAGGAACUUUUUUAUUUGUAUGAAUGUCACAUAGGUAUCCUCAAUAACACAGAAUGAAAUUACCUUUGUAUUAUUGUGAUUAGUUGUUAUUAUUUUAUACUCAGUAAUAAUGUGGUACACUGUUAAUUUUUUUGCUUUUGUAAAUUAUAUUCUAAUUUAUUGCCAUGUUUCCUAACACUUGUCCUACAUUCAUUCUCCUCGUAAUGAAAAUCAAAAAAAUCAUUGUAACACUUGAUGGAGUGAAAUUCCAUGCCAGGCACAGAAUUAUUUUUGACAUAGAUAAUUUAGUAAAAUAAAAAUUCAGCUUAUAAUAAUGA